CUUGACCGCGGUGGGAGCAGGACCUCCGAGAGGAGAGAAGCAGGGAAGCAGGGCUCAUUUUAUCUGUCCGGCCCGUUUUUGUCACUGUUUUUUGUUGACAGCUCUUCUGGGAGAAGCCCAUGUAAACAGAGAAAACUUCGCGCAGACAGACACCAAAAUGGAAAUAGAGAAGGAGGUGAAGAAGAUGACCCUUGGCCACGAGUUUGGCGCUGGAGCAGCCUGUUUAAAAUGCAAGGACAAGUGCGAGGGCUUUGAGCUGCAUUUCUGGAGAAAAAUAUGCCGGAACUGCAAAUGCGGCCUUACAGAGCACGAUGUGUCCAUGAACUCGGAAGAGAACAAGAAGGUAGGCAAGCUGUUCGAGGACACCAAGUACACUGGCCUCAUCGCCAAGCUGAAGACAGAUGGCAUUCCCAGGUACCAGGCCAACAUGGUGACCAUCACUCUGCCCAGCCCUGCCACUGCUUACACAGUCCCACCCAGUGCCUCCUCCACCAUUGUGCCUCCCUCUGCCACAGCUGCUUCUGUACAACCUGCUGGAGCCUCUGCAGGUUUGGCACCCAGCAGCACUCAGGCUCAUCCUCAGGCUCAUCCUCAGGCUCAUCCUCAGGCUCAUCCUCAGGCUCAUCCUCAGGUUCAGCCUAUACCAGCUGGCGUUACACCGCUCAAGGCUAACAAAGUCCCGGUCACUGUCAGUGCCACAUCAGCUAAUGUGAUGCCAGUUCCCAAAGAUGUGCCAAUGAAGUCUGUCACCUAUGAGUGGGCACCACCAGUAGCUAACAAGUAUAUGGCAGUGCGUUACAUUGAGCUGCUCCCACCAGAGAAGCGUCCUGUGGCUGGUACAGAAGGAGCAGCUUACCGUCGGCAACAGAUGGCCCGUCAGCUGCCUGAACACGACCAGGACCCAUCCAAGUGCCAUGAGCUGAGCCCUGCUGAAGUCAAGAAAAUGCAACAGUUUGUUCGCAAGUACAAGGAUGAGGCCCUGGGGGUCGGAGAUGUUAUGCUUCCCGAGCAGAUGGCUCUGGUUAAAGCAGGAGGGCAGGGUGGAGCUGGUGUUGGAGCUGGUGUUGGAGCUGGUGUUGGAGCUGGUGUUGGAUCUGGUGUUGGAUCUGGUGUUGGAGCUGGUGUUGGAGCUGGUGUUGGAGCUGGUGUUGGAUCUGGUGUUGGAUCUGGUGUUGGAGCUGGUGUUGGAGCUGGUGUUGGAGCUGGUGUUGGAGCUGGUGGUGGAGCUGGUGGUACACCUGGUACAGGAGGGGUAGGGUUUGGACUUGGAGCAGAUGUAGCUGUAGUUGCUGGUGGUGGAGUUGGAGGGGCUGGAUAUAAACCAGGGGUUGGGGUUGCUGGGGCUGGUUCUGGGCCAGGGGCUGUAGGUUAUGGUGUUGGAGUUGGUGGACCUGCUGGAGCCAGAGCCGGAGUUCUAGCCGGAGCUGGUGCUGCAACUGGUGGUGCUGCACCAUUUUCAGGGCCUGGGAUUGGACCCUCCGCUGGCUAUGGGCAAGCAGGAGGAGCCAUGGGUACUUCUGCCACUGCUGGAGCCAUGAGCGUCCCUGGAUCUCAAGGUGGACUACCACAACAGAACUUUUCGUGUCAUCAUUGCCAGCAGCCCAUGCGUAUGGGUGAGCCAGCUGUCUAUGCUGAGCGGGCCGGCUACGACAAGCUGUGGCACCCAGCAUGCUUUGUGUGCUGUACCUGUAGCGAACUGCUGGUUGACAUGAUCUACUUCUGGAAGAAAGGCAAGAUGUACUGCGGACGCCACUAUGGAGACAGCGAGAAGCCACGAUGCGGAGGCUGUGAUGAGCUGAUCUUCAGUAAUGAGUACACUCAAGCUGAGGGCCAGAACUGGCAUCUUAAGCAUUUCUGCUGUUUCGACUGUGACUGCAUCCUGGCUGGAGAGACAUACGUUAUGGAGAAUGACAAGCCUGUCUGCACACCCUGCUACAUGAAAAACUAUGCUGUGAAAUGCGCAGCCUGCCAGAUUGCGGUGGAGCCUGAGGCCCAGAGAGUUUCCUACGGUGAACACCACUGGCACGCCGAGCCGCAGUGCUUCAAGUGCUCUGGCUGCUCCAAGUGCCUGAUCGGCCAACGCUUCAUGGCAGUGCAGAACUUCCUCUUCUGCUCCAUGGAGUGCAAGAAGAAAACCAUGGCCUAGAGGGCCCAAGCAACUCCCUCAUCUUCUCCAUGACCACUUGUGAAACCAGGACGGGUUCAGCUAAACCUGAAGCCAGACCAGAGAAAACAAACACUGCAGCUGCACAAGGGCAGAGAUGGGUUGUGGUUGUGUAACAUGAUAUAGUGCCUGAUACCUUCUGAUACAAAGAUUUUUGAGCCCAUUAGUAUUUGGGUGGUCUUUGUUGCCUGUCCAUGGAAGACCACAGUGCUGAUAGAUCUUGUAGUGUCAGAAUGAGUAACCCCCAGAAUUCUACUGUCCAUUUUUGUCUUCAGCCUUUGAGUUUUUUUGUUGAUUAUGUUGCACUGCUUUUUUUUUUUUAUUACAGAUGAGAUUAUUUUUUUUUGUUAAACCACUGUCUGUAUUAUUUGUGCUGUUCCAUCCCUACACUGUUAAUUUAAUGUGCCACUUUAUACUGUAACCUCCACACAAAGAAAAACUACUGAUACUCAUUCUUCUCUAUGCGUCCCUAUUGCAAGAUAUAUUAGCAGAUGUGGGGUUGACUGAAAUUAAGUUACAAAAGUAAUAACAAGCUUAAAGUAGCUAAUUUAAGGUUCUUGAUUAAAUUUAGCUGCCUGGAUUUCAGUCACAGAUUUGGAAAUUACCAAAGCUCUGACAACAGUAUAUCAGUCUACAACUAGCACACCCUGUACACAUCUUUUAUUGUAUGAGCCACUGAAGUUAUCUAGUAGCAUUUCCAUAGUAUUUUAAGGGAGCAAAGCAAUGUGAAUAGCCUCCUCUAUGUAAAAUUAGGGAGCGGUUUCUGAUAUGCAAUUAAGUGGUGUUAUCUAACAGUUUUUUCUAAUAGUUAUACCACCUUCCUCUCAUAUGUUCAUGUUGGUUAAGACAGUGCUAAAGAAUUGAUUAAGCACCUGUCUGUUGCAGUGUUAACAUGAUGUGCACAAACACAAGGUUACUGUAUUUGGCUGCAUUUGAAGGCACAGGCAUUUCUUUCAUUAUUAAUUCUCUAUUUGGAUUGGCAUUGCCUUCAAUAAAGUGGUCUAUGUCAUUGGCUAUAAAUAUAAAUGUACUGAUAAAUAAAGAUUACAAGCAAAACAAAAUGUGUUCAUUAUAAAUGAAAGAAAAACAUACUGAUGUUUUACAUUAAAUGUGUAUUCUGACUGCAUAAUUAAUUAGGACUUGUCAAAAGAAGCAGUAUUUAAACAUUUAGGCAACGCAUAAGCUUAUUCCAGAAGCUGAUGUUUGAAGUGUGCCUAUUAGGGCUUAUGGUAAAAUCUUUUUGCUUGCCAAAAUGUAGUUGAGCUACAUAACAACUGCCUGCUAUCCAGCUGUUGUAUAGGUAGAACGACCGGUUUAGCACAGUACACAAAGCCUCACAUUAAACCUUUCUUUUUCAUUGUUUUUGUUCCAUGUAUUUUACUUUUUAGCAAUAAACUGCACUUUAACCCUCAUCAGGACACAUGGCAAAACCUACUUCAUCUGUUCACUUGGGGUCCAGCUGGACCUCAGUAGUAUUUCAUCUGUUUCUCAUUUCUGUACCUGUCCAUAUCCUCUCAAUGUAUAUUUUCCUAAAACGUGUGUCGUCUAUAGAUACAAAUAUGAAAGAAACAAUGAAAUUACUAUUGAUCAUUACUGACGUGUAUUGCUUACAAUAUUAGUGUAAGAACUCCUAAAUUGAAAUGAAACACAAUGCAACUGAAGCAGUCAUCACAAGAGCAACAUAACACAAACAUACAUAAAUAAAAGAUGUACAGUCUGGCUGGGGUCUGGCUGGGGUCCGCAUGUACCCCAAAUGAUGUUUUUAAUAUAUACACCACAAACCUAGUUGGAAUCAAAUAAGCUUUGGUGGAUGUGAUGGCAACUAUGUGGGUGACAAUUACCUAAAGGGACUGAAAAAUCCAACUUACAAAUAAAAAAUAUGACGUUAUAUACCCCUGGGGUCCACAUGGACCCCAGGUGUACUGAUGAGAGUGAAAUAGUAUUUUCUCAAUAAUUGUAGUAAUAGCAACAUCCUGAGGAUCAACUAAAUGUGUGACAUGAUCUAUAGUAGAGUUGAACAAUUUGGUGCGAAUAUCUAAUUGUGAUUGUUCUUACGUGCUACAAUCUAAUUGCGAGAUUUUAUUUUUUUUUUAAGUGGAGGCACCUCAACCAUGUAGUAUACAGUCGUGUAACAACGUUUACAUACACUUGUGAAGACCAUACAUAUCAAGGCAGUCUUGAGCUUCCAAUGGCUGCUACAGCUCAUAAUUUUCUAUGAUGGAAUCAUUGAAACGUGCAUCUUUGUCACAAAAAAACAAGCAUGCAUUUUGUCUCUUUCAAUGCCCUUUGUACUUAUUAUAGGUCUUCUGGAAAAAUGACUAAAUCUGUUGGGUCAAUAAAACAUACGGUAACUUGUA